AUGGCUUAUAUAUUACCUCCUACUCCAAUUUCGCCCAUAAGUUUUACCGAAGAUAUUUUACAAUGCUAUAUAUGUAAAAAGACAUUUAAAUCUAAGCGAGGUUUAAGUCAGCAUAAAGCAAUUAUACGCCAAUAUAAUUCUUCUCGCGUAGGCUUUUACAAGCUUCCAAAAAAUUUUAUAAGUGAAUUUAAAAAAACACUAGUUUUUUUAAUUCAUCGCCAACUUCCUUGUCAUUUUACCAAAAUUGGAUUAAAAGCUGUCACUGUGGCCUGCACUGAAAUGCAUCUUUGGGGGCCAGAUGCGUCAAGUAAGCUAGCGCAGGUCUUUGGUGAUACAAAUUGGGGAACCAAAUUCUAUCAUGGAAAUGAAGUAACUUCGGUGGUGACCAAUCUUGAUGAUAUAGAUACAGAAGAAGAAAAUCCUCUUGAUCGGAAGCGAAAAUUUAAAAUUUAUUCACAAAGGAACUCACGAUAUAAACGAGGACAAGUAAUUAUUGAAUGGAAACCCCGACAAGAAAAGGAUGUAAAGAGUAAUAAAUGUGAGGGUGGAUUUUUACAUAUCCAUUUCUGGAUUACAAAAAAAAGAAUAAUAGAUCAUUAA